AGUCAUGAGUGCUGCUGAAGCUGCGUCUGCUCUGGAGGCUCCGGGGUCGAGCAGCUGGUCGGUUCCUGUGGAGCAUCUGGACUACAGCUUCAUCCAGAGCUGCUCGGACCUCAAACAUCUGGAGCAGAUCCUGAGAGUCCUGCGGUCCGGUCAGGACGGUUUCUACCCUCAUCUGAUUGAGUUCUGUGAGGAACGCAUAGAGAAACUGGACCCAGAGUCUCGAGCCCUGAGGAAGGAAAAUCGAGCCGCCACCGCUGCCAGCUUCUCCACAGAGGAGUGGAGGAGCAUCUCUGAAGACCUGCAGCUGUGGGAGAGCAGCAUGAGACUGAGAGAAGCGGAGCUGAAGCAACGGCCCAUAUUCAGUGAAGCUGCAAACGUGCCGCCGGUGCGGUGCUCAAACCUCGUUCAGAGAAGCGUCAGCGCUGCGGGGAGAACUGAGAAAACAUCCUGCGUCCCUCGACCCUACAGAGACUGGGACAGGUUUGAUGUGGAGGCUGAGUGCGCUAACACUGAGGAGAGCGACAGAAACCCAUGUCACGCUUGCAUCCGUCCAGCCGAGCUUGAGACCACACCGACGGUCAGCAGCAAAGCCCUGAGCGUGCAGGAGAAAGACCAAGGCAACGAGGCCUUCAGGAGCGGCGAUUAUGAGGAGGCUGUGGCGUAUUACAGCAGGAGUCUGUCUCUGGCGUCUUCAGCCGCUGUGUUUAAUAACCGCGCUCAGGCUCACAUCAGACUGCAGUGCUGGAGCGCGGCUCUGAACGACUGCGACGCGGCUCUACAGCUGGAGCCUGGAAACGUCAAAGCUCUACUGCGGCGUGCCACUGCACACAAACAUCUGGGUCGCCUGCAGGAAUCCCAUGAUGACCUGAGAGCUGUUCUCCUGAUCGAGCCGCACAACGCCACAGCGCUGCAGCUGCUGAUGGAGGUCACACGUCUGAUGACGGACAGUAGAUGUUCAUCAGGACCUCGCAGGAGCGUCACCAUCACUGAGGUGGAUGAUGAUGAUGAAGAUGAGGGCAGCAGUGCAGUCGGGCCGUCCGUCUCCCUGCGGUCGUCUAACACGUUUGAGUUUGGUCAGGCGCUGAACAGUGCUCUCUCUGGUGGUGACCUGCUGACCUGCGCUGAGCUCAUGCGCUCCGUCACUUCCGAAUGCCUGCCGCGGCUCAUCGGCACACAGCUGGACGGACACACGCUGGGCUUCAUCAUACGGGCGCUGAACACACACCUGCUGCACACACACCCCGAGCUGGUGUUCCAGCACCUGCAGCAGCUGCAGACGGCACGCAGACUCACGAUGGUGCUGAUGUUGUUGGACGGUGAGGAUCGCACACAGCUCUCACAGAUCUUCCAGAAGCUUCAUGCAGUGCAGACUCAAGCUUUCUCACAAAAUGACGUCACAAACCUGGCCAACAAAUACCUGUGACGCUCCUUCAGCCUUCCCAUGAUUCCACACUCAUUGUCACUGGACGGCUGUGAGAUGAGGAAGCAGGACGGACCAUCAGAAACACACUAGAACACACACACACACUCACAGACACACACACACUCACACACACACACAGACACACACA